UCGAACCCGUUUACAUCGAAUUACCCCGUAUAUCGAACAAUUUAUGAACAUUGUAUUGCUAAAAUGAGAAUAUAUAGCAAAAAAUACUAAUAUAUCGAACAAAAAUAGCAGCCGCGCUUGAUAUAUCGAACUUCAAGCCGCGCAAAACUGCUCCAGAAGUUGGCUUUCCCGCGUGGCGGCCGGGCGAGCUGCGCCAACAUCCAUCCCCCCCCCCCCCACUUGGCCAAAGUGGUUUAGCCCAACAGCGCUCGCACGGCGCUGCUAUAAAUAGAGUCCCAGCGCUGCUCUCGCUCCCUCAGACAGCCACCCAGCCACCCCUAGCAGAAGUGGUUCGACCGCGCACUCUGUUUACUCGCAGCCACGUGCGCCUGCAUUCUGGUUAUGUGACUCGCGCGACUGCCAUUGCGACUGCUUUGUUCCGUGUGCUUCGUUGCUUUGUGGGAGCGGUGAGCUCGUCCGCUUCGUGAAAGAUGGCUGCUGUGAAGCGACAGAACCUAACCAUAUCUUCAAAGCUGGAGAUCAUCAGAAGAGUUGAGCGCGGAGAAAAGAAGUCGGAUGUCGCCGCAGCGUACAGCAUCCCCAGAAGCACGCUGAGUACGAUUUUGAAAAAUAAGGCCGACAUUAGGGCUAAGGCGGACAAGAGGCCUGCUGCUACCACCAGCGCUCGACGAGUACGGACGGCUGCAUUUGAAGACGUAGAGGCUGCAGUGUAUAAGUGGUUUGUUGACGUUAGGUCGCAAAACAUCCCCGUUUCUGGCCCAAUGAUCGAACAGAAAGCAAAGGAUUUCGCUUUCAUGCUGAACAGACAUGACUUCAGAGGCGGCUCAGGCUGGCUGCAGCGGUUUAAAGAGCGUCACGGCAUUGUCGGCCGUGCUGUCACCGGUGAAAGCCGCGCUGUAGAUCUCGGCAGCGUGCAAAAGUGGAUUGAUGAAAAUUGGAACGACAUUAAAGCAAGGUACCAUCCUCGUGAUAUAUUCAACGCCGAUGAGACUGCUUUAUUCUGGCAAAUGCUUCCGAACAGAACGCUGGCCUGUCGUGAUGACAAGUCCCACGGCGGGAAGGUCAAUAAAGCCAGAAUAUCCGUGUUGCUCGCCACCAACGUCGACGGGUCAACCAAGCUUCGACCGCUCGUAAUAGGAAAGAGCAAAUCACCGCGGUGCCUAAAGAACGCACUUUCUGUCCCGGUGUCUUACAGAUCGAAUGGGAAAGCUUGGAUGACAAGCGAACUUUUUGGCAAGUGGCUCAAGUCCUGGGACGACGACCUGGUAAGCCAAGGCAGAAAGGUCUGCUUACUGGUUGAUAACUGCUCUGCCCACCAUUGCAACGUCAGCGUCAGCAACAUCGAGCUUCGUUUUCUUCCGCCGAACACAACGUCGGUGCUGCAGCCUUUAGACCAAGGUGUCAUUCGUGCACUGAAGGCAGGCUACAGAAAGCGACUUGUGCAGAGGCUUUUGCUAAACCUCCGCACUGGCCGGGAGCUGAAAAUUGACCUCCUGGGAGCAAUAACCAUGCUGAAUGGGUCAUGGAACGACGUCAAACAAGAAACAAUUCAGAACUGCUUCCGUCAUUGUGGACUCUCUGCUUCCGGCGAGGCUGGCGCGAGCUCAUCAAACAAUCACCAUGAACCCCUGGAUAGCGGUGAACCGCUGGAGGAACUUGAUGAGUUGUUUAGCCAGCUUGCCGAGUUCCCGGGUGCUGUUUGUGAUGGGACUGCAGCAACAGACUUCGUCUCCGUCGACGACGAUGUUCCGACAACCGGAGAGCUCGCUGACGAAGACAUCAUUGCCGACCUCACUAGGGAUGCCGCCGGCGACAGUAACUGUCAGGAUACGACGAGUUCGUACCCGCCAUCGUGUUCCGACGCACUUAACGCGCUGAGCGUUGUUCGCCGUCACUGUGAGUCAAUAGAAGGCUGUGGGCUCAGCUGUUCUCAGUCGCUCGAUAACGUUGAGAAGUGCAUGCUUAAUAAUGCUUUCAAAAUCAAAAAGCAGAAGAAGAUCAACGACUAUUUCUCGCAUUAAUAGUCCCACCGUACAUGUUUUUAUCAAAUAAAGAAUGCUUUUUACUGAGGUGCGGUUUGUACAUUGCCAAAUUUGUUAAAAGUUGUAUUUCGAAUUACACGAUAUAUCGAAGUGAUUCCCGUUUUUUUACGA